AAAAUCCCAAACGCGGUGAGAUUUUACAAAGCAAACCAGAGAAACCCUAAGAGAGAGAGAGAGAGAAGAAUGGCGGUGAAUCCUCAGCUCUUACCUAACGGCAUGCCCGUUCCUUUCGUCAACGAGAUGUUCGUCUUGAUCAGAGACGGCGUCGAGUUCGAAGUCGAUAAGAUUCCCGGAGCGGAUGGAGGUAAGCUCAAAGCAAAGGGGACGAUUUACUUGUCGAACAUCCGCAUGGUGUUUGUUUCCAAGCAGCCUGUUGGUGAUUUCGUUGCUUUCGAUAUGCCCCUGCUUUAUGUCCAUGGAGAAAAAUUUAAUCAACCGAUCUUUUUCUGCAACAAUAUAGCUGGUCAGGUGGAGCCUGUUGUUCCAGAAAAUCAGCCCGCAGCUCUUUAUUCGGUCCACUCAUUCAAGAUCUUGUUUAAAGAUGGUGGCUGUGGAACUUUUGUUCCUUUAUUUUUCAACUUGAUCUCCUCAGUGAGGCGAUAUAAUCAGCAAUACCAGCAGGCCAAUGCCCCACAGGCUCAUGUGGAUCCUUUACAAGCAGCGCAAACUCCAGUUGAUGAGAUGAUGAGACAUGCGUAUGUUGAUCCUAAUGAUCCAACGAGGAUCUUCCUGCAGCAGCCUACUCCAGAGUCUCAGCUGAGGCGGCGUACAUACCAGCCACAAUCUGCCAAUCACUAGAUGUGAAUUGAAUAGAAAAUAAAAGUAUGUGUUUUUGGAAAUACAUACAUGUGCAUUUGGAUUUAUAUAUCAGAGAUACUUGAUAAUGCUAAGAAGGUUUCUACUUGUAUAUUAAGUAUUAACAGAGAUAUCCUGUUGAAUGUCAUGUUGAUGUUGCCAACUACUGAUGGAUUUACAUUGUGAGCAGAUAUCUGAAGUUUGAAUUUCAUUGCCUAUU